AUGUUCAGCGUUUCCAAACUCCUCUUCUCUGCUGCCUUAGCACUGGGCUUCUCCGCCGUUGGCAGCGAGGCCGCAUCGUGCACCCAUCCUUCCGUCAGAAGGGAAUGGCGCAAACUCAGCAUCCCUGAGCGUGCGGAGUUUAUUUCUGCAAUCAACUGUCUGGCUAGAUUGCCCCACACGGAUGCCCUCACACCGAGCGUCAACCGUUCGAUAUCCAAUAUCCCACCGGUCAACACUUCGGGUGGUUACUGGGAUGACAUCGUCUACAUCCAUAUGGAUCUCAAUACCAGGAUUCAUAACACGGGUCUCUUCUAUCCGUUCCAUCGGUUCUAUGUGAAUGCGGUUGAGACGGCAAUGAAAGAGCGCUGCGGAUUCACCGGUGCCUUCCCGUACUGGGAUUGGUCGAUUGACGCGCACGACGUGAAAAAUAGCCCUCUCCUGCGCGACCACAACCCCAUCAGCGGGCUCGGCGGGUGGGGCGACCCGUCCAAGGACUUCCAGGUGCGGAACGGCGGAUUCCGCCACCUCGAGGUCGUAUACCCCAUCCCCCACAUCAUUCGGCGCAACUUCACGCUCCAGCCAUUCCUCCCGUUUGCGAGCGUGCCGAUGUUCACGAACCUGACCAAGUACGCGAACGAGAGCUUCACGCCGGAGGUCGUGCGGGACCUGCUCGACUGGACCCCGGGCGACUUCGUCGGCUUCCAAGCCUCGAUGGAGUAUCCGGAGGGUCCGCAUGCGAGCGUGCACUUCAUCUUGGGAGGCGAUCUCUCUGGCGAGUGCCCGAAGGGCUCCCCGGCCGACUGCAUCCCGCAGCCAACCUUCUCUGCCAAUGAACCAAUCUUCUUUUUCCACCAUGCCAUGGUGGACAAGGUUUGGUCGGACUGGCAGAACAAGAACCCGGAAAACUUCUGGGCGUACAAGGGAGGCUCCGUGCAGAACCUCACGUCUGUACAGGCGCUGAAGGACUGGCCGAACGGUAUGGCCCCCGGGCUCACGCUGGAUUCGACCAUCCCUGCGGAUGGAAUGUUCCCUGAAGUCACCAUCCGGGACGUCAUGAACACGACUGGCGGAUACCUCUGUUAUGUGUACGAAUGA